AUGCUUUACCGCAUGUCCGCUGCCCGCGCGGCCUUCCGCGCUGCUUCCAGCUCCAAUGCCUCUGCCGCUAUUAGAGCUGCUGUUCCUGGCAAUGUCUUCCGGGCUCAAUUGACCUCCGCUAGCCGCCAACGUUUGACCACACCAAAACUCGCUUUGGCCGUCCGCAAGCCAGUUACCACCGCCCUCGUCCGUUAUGCUUCUACUGCUACAGAGAAGGCUGGUUCUUCGGCUGCUGGUCUUCCCGAGGAUGAACCCGAUAUGCUCGCUGGUGUCAAGAACGAUGCGAAAGUCAUCAAGGAGACCUUCACCCUCAAUGAGGUCCCCAAGGAGGCUCUUUACUUCGGCCUUGCCGGUGUCGUUCCUUACUUGGUUACCUCUUUGAACACCUGCUACCUCGCAUGGGAAAUCAACAACAACGUCAUCAAUGGCUCUGGCUUUUUGCUCUCUGGAGAGACUGCCUCUUUCCUCCUCCACCUUACUGAGCCUAUCCAAGUCGGAUACGGUGCUGUUAUCUUGUCCUUCCUCGGUGCUAUCCACUGGGGUCUUGAAUGGGCUGGAUAUGGUGGUAAUCACGGCUUCCGCCGUUAUGCCACUGGCGUCAUCGCCCCUGCUAUCGCUUGGCCCACCUUAUUGCUCCCCAUUGAGCACGCCCUUAUCACCCAGUUCCUCGCCUUCACUUUCUUGUACUACAAUGACGCCCGUGCUGCCAGCCGAGGGCUUGCUCCUCACUGGUACGGCAUGUACCGCUUCGUCUUGACGUUUGUUGUCGGUGCCAGCAUUGUUGCCACCCUCAUUGGUCGCGAGCGCAUUUCCCAGAGCGACUCUGAGGAGCACACUUUGACCGAGAAGAUCCAGGCUCUUCUCUUCCUCCGCAAGAAGGAGAUCGAGGAGGCCAAGAAGCGUGCUCAGGAGGCCAAGGAGGCUCUUGAGGAGUAA